GUCACAUCUGACCACCAUGCGCAUGAUUUAUCAUCACAUAUACAAGAACAUCGGACUCCAAAGUCAACACUGUCUGGCUGCUUUCCUGUCCCUGCCUUGAAUGAGAAUAUUUCCACAGUAUAGCGCUUAAUGAGGAAAGACAGAAUGGUCACCAUAAUCAACUCCAGUUUCUGGUAAAACUACAAAAGUCAUUGUCCGUCCAUUUUCUUCUCUAGACCCUGGCUGUUCCAUGAUGUAAGUGAAGCUUGCCUUGAUUCUCCUCAAUUGACAGUUAGACCAUGAACCUUAGAGACUCUAUCGUUGCACGGACCAGGCCUUCCCCAGUUUGGAUUUAGCGCCACCCUCAUCUAUCCAUCGAAACCGCCAGCCACGUGAGGCUGCAGCGGUGGCCGGUGGUGGUGGCGUGGCGGUGGUGGGAGGACCUUCACACAUAGCGCAAAGCACGCUGGGAUAUUUUUCCCCAAAACACACUGAGGCACCACCAUGAGGAAAUCCACCACCUCCUGUCUUUGUCACAUACUGGUCUGCCUUUGCUUCAUCCAGAGGUGCUAUGGCGCUAGCCAUCAUAUCCCAGCAGACAAAGUGACCAUCGCCAAGAACCAGACCAAACUGGCCAAUGGUGAGACAGAAGUGCACCACAGACCUAAACGUGGCUGGAUCUGGAACCAAUUCUUUGUUUUAGAAGAACACAUAGGACCGGACACUCAAUACGUGGGAAAGCUUCAUUCCAACUCAGACAAAGGGGAUGGCUCCGUAAGGUACAUUCUGAGCGGGGAAGGUGCUGGGAGUAUAUUCAUCAUCAACGAGGUGACAGGAGAUAUUCAUGCAACAGAAAGCCUGGACCGGGAGAGGAAAGCACACUACGUCCUCCACGCACAAGCCUUUGACCGCAACACUGAAAAGCCCCUGGAACCAAAGUCAGAAUUCAUCAUCAAAGUCCAGGACAUCAAUGAUAACGCCCCAACAUUUCCAGAUGGUCCUUUUGUAGCUGCUGUGCCUGAGAUGUCUGGAGUGGGUACUUCGGUAUAUCAAGUUACUGCAACGGACGCUGAUGACCCCACAUAUGGAAAUAGUGCCCGAGUGGUCUACAGUAUUCUCCAAGGACAACCAUAUUUCUCUGUUGAUCCCAAAACUGGAGUCAUCAGGACUGCCUUAGCCAACAUGGACCGGGAGGCGAGAGAACACUAUGCUGUAGUCAUUCAAGCCAAAGACAUGGCAGGAUCAGUUGGAGGACUUUCUGGAUCCACCACUAUCAACAUCACCCUCACCGACGUCAACGACAACCCUCCCAAGUUCCCGCAAAAAAAUUACCAACUGUACGUCCCUGAGUCGGCCCAGGUUGGCAAGCCAGUGGGGAAGAUAAAAGCCAAUGACGAGGACCUUGGAGUCAAUGCAGAGAUCAAGUACAGCAUCAUCAACUCAGAAGGAGCAGCCAUGUUCUCCAUCAACACUGACAGGGACACCAGGGAGGGAAUCAUCAGCCUCAAGAAGCCACUGAACUACGAGAGGAAGAAGACCUACACCCUUCAAAUUGAGGGAGUGAAUAGCCACUUGGAGCCUCUUUUUUCCUACCUUGGUCCUUUCAAAGAUACUGCCACCCUAAAGAUCACUGUGGGAGAUGUGGACGAACCGCCUGUAUUCUCUAUGGACUAUUACAUCAUGGAUGUUUAUGAAAACGCUCGGAUUGGUAGAGAGGUGGGGGCUGUAACUGCCAGGGAUCCAGACAGCAAAAACAGUCAUGUCAGGUAUUUCAUCGACCACAGUGAGCACAGCGAUAAGUAUUUCAACAUCGACAUGGACAGCGGCGUUAUAAAGACUACCCAGAGUCUGGACCGGGAGGACAUGCCAUGGCAUAACAUCACUGUGAUAGCUUCGGAGGUUGACAACCCUAGCCUCCUCAGCCAUGUCCCCGUCACUGUGCAGGUGUUGGAUGUGAACGACAACCCUCCUGAAAUUAACAAGGACAAGGAGGUCAUUGUGUGUGAGAGCUCAAGGCCAGGACAGGUGAUUCAGACUAUGACUGCAGUGGAUAAGGAUGACUUUGCAAACGGACAGAGAUUCUCCUUCUCGUUGCCGAGCGGAGUCCCUGUCAACCCCAACUUCACCCUCAAGGACAACGAAGACAACACAGCGAGCAUCAUCACACGGCGGAGGCAGUUCAGUCGGCUCGUCCAGGAGCUAUACGAGCUCCCCAUAGUGGUGUGGGACGGUGGGGAGCCAGCGCUGAGUGGCACUAGCACACUGACCCUGCGGGUGUGCCCGUGCCAGCGCAAUGGGAGGGUGCAGACGUGCCAGGAUGAGAGGGGACUCCUCUCCUCGGCCGGCCUCAGCACGGGGGCCCUGAUCGCCAUCCUGCUGUGCAUCGUCAUCCUGCUGGCGAUCGUGGUUCUGUUUAUCACCCUGCGGCGGAGCAAGAAGGAGCCCCUCGUCAUCUCCGAGGAGGACGUCCGCGAGAAUGUGGUAACAUACGACGAUGAGGGGGGCGGCGAGGAGGACACUGAGGCCUUCGACAUCAUCACCCUACGGAACCCCGCCGCCGCUGAGGAGCUCAAGUUCAGACGGGACAUCCGGCCGGAGGCGGCCCGACAACGCGGGCAAAACCGAGGCUGCCACAGUCCCCCGGAGCUGAACCAGGUGGAUGUGCAGGAGUUUAUUAAACAAAGACUGGUGGAGGCCGACAUGGACACUAGCGGGCCUCCAUAUGACUCCCUCCAGACCUACGCAUAUGAGGGUCAAAUGUCUCCGACAGGUUCCAUCAGCUCUCUGGACUCCCCGGGAACACACUCAGAACAGGAUUAUAACUACCUGGACGACUGGGGGCCUGAGUUUCAGAAACUGGCAGAACUCUACGUGGAGGAUACGGAUGUAGCAGAGUCAGAUGUGGCAGUUGCGGUGACAGUGGCGACCUAGCCUGUCAACAUCGGUCACACCGUCUGUAAAACCAAAACCUUUCUCUCUCUCAGUCCUCCUCCUCGACUUUGUUUUAAAACGAUAAAAUAGAAAUGCUUUUGAACUCGUUCCAGCUGAUCUACUUUUACUGUUGAAUUGCAGACUGCCCCUUGUUUCAGUUUUCCAUUUGGAACAUGGGUCUAAUAUGCGGAUGGAUUGAUUUUGGGGUGGAACAAUAUUAAGAAUAACGGAAAAAGGAAAAUAUUUUUCCUGUUGUAUAUUUUUUAUUGCUCAAUAAAGUCCUUAAUUCCAUAUGAGUGGAUAUAUGUGAAACGGAGUGUCAACUUUUAUUCUGAAGAUUAAAGGUUAUCUUAGAACAGACAUCAUUAUGCAAAGAUUUACGCAUUGAAAGCAGAAGAAAAGUUAAAUUGAACCAUCACUUUCACUUUCAGGUUUAUCUAUUCUAAACAAUCAUUACAGCUGGUCAUGUGUGACACCACACAAAAGCAAUUCAAUUGACACUAAGGCUUUCUUAAUCAAUUUUACAACAUAGAUAGCUACAAUUCUUCUUAAAAUGGAUGUUGAUUGCAAAACUGCCACUAACUGGGCUUUUAAUUUUAUACCAGUAUGUACAACUGUCUGCCUCGAUAAGAUAAAGGUACCUUGCAUUAGAGAGUCAUGACAUUCGUGUUAAGAAAAUAAAAUAAUAUUCUGAAAAAUGACAUCAGAGGGGAAUCAAGGAUAUUGCAUUAGUUUAUCAUGGUCUAUAAAACACGGUCCCUAUAGACCUUGAACAGUCGUCCCAAAUGGCACCCUAUUCCCUAGGCGUAGUACCCUACUUUUGGCCAGAGCCCUAUGGGGCCUGGUUAAAAAUAGUGCACUAUAUAGGGAAUAUAGUGCCAUUUGGGAUGCACUGGGCAGGCUUUUUACUGAGUGUGCUUAUUUCAUGAAAAUAACUCCAAAUAUAUGUUUUAUAAUUUAUUUCCCUGAGCCUCGUUUUUGCAUUUAAAUGCUCAGUCUGAUUGUUUGGGCGUGUUGAUACAAAUUGAAGUACAGUAUAUUUACAUACAAAGCCCAGAUUGGUAGAUAGGUAUUUUAGACUCUAGAGGAGGGUACAUUUGCAAAUAAAUGAUGACUGGUCAUUGGUCAGAAUAACGAGAUCAGAUUGUGAUGUCAUGAUCUGGGCCAAAAACUCCCAUCCCACCAGAAACAGGCUGCAAUUCCAGACUUUUUAUUCAAACAGCUCUUACACACAAAGGUCAUUAUCAUAAUUUUCACAAUUUCAGAGUGUUGUUUCAACCUCAUAGUGUGUAAACAUCAUUUAAAAGAAAAGGAAAAUCAAGUUUUUUGGCAGCACUGCCCCUUUCAACAUAAGCCUUGAACCUAGCCAGCGAUCAGUCUCCUAUGGUCUGUCUGUCAUAAGUUCCUCCUGGACCUGCAUGGCUGCUACUGAGACACUGGAUGAAGGGAUGAGAGACUGAUUAAUAUUUCAGUCCCUCUGCUUUCUCUCUCAUUCUUUCAUUUUAC